ACAUUAUUAAUGCAGAAAAUGAAUCAGAAGUAAUGUACAAAUAUCACAAUUUAAUGCUACAACUUAUAAACUAUAUGAAGCUCAUGAUGAUGAACCCUUUGUUAAACGCCCAAAACCUGGAGAAUUGAUGGCAAGUUUAGAUAGCUACAUGAAGAUAGAGCCAUCUAUAUUGUGUUAUCUGUGGACAGAUGGGGCCUAUAGUUGCUUGCUUGAUCUCAAAGGGUGUCACAAUCUCACAACUCUUUCACAGAUGUCAGGUAACAUAAAAUUCAUAUGCCUGCGCUCCACAGCAAUACAAGAACUGGACUCUUCAAUUUGCUCUCUCAAUAAUCUUCUUGUCCUAGAUCUCUACAAUUGUAAACUUCUUAGGAAUCUUCCCAACAAUCUUUCUGAUUUGGAGUCAUUGGAAUACCUAGAUUUGUAUGGAUGCAUACUAAUUGACAAGUUUCCAGAGCUUCCAAAGAGUAUAAAAGGAUUAGAUUUGAGUAAAACCUCAAUACAACAAGUCAAUCCUUCAUCCUUUGAGUGUCUGCCUUUUCUCAACAUCUUGUACAUGAAUCAAUGCCGGAAGCUUGAAAGCUUGCCAAUCACCAUUUGUAAGUUAGAAUCUCUCACGAAAUUAUUCCUCGAAAAUUGCUUUCGAUUGGAGAGUUUUCCAGAAAUCUUGGAGCCCAUGGAGAAGCUAAAGGAACUUUAUUUAAUGGGAACAAGGAUUGAGGAGCUACCAUCAUCAAUAGAGAAACUAUCUAUGCUUGAAAAGUUGUGCUUGGACUACUGCAAGAGUCUCAAGUUUAUUCCAACCACCAUUUGUAAGUUGAAGUCUCUUAUUAUACUCUCUUUCAUAGAAUGCUGGCAAUUAAAAUGCUUACCAGAGAUCUUGGAGCCUAUGGAAAAUCUAAAGGAACUUAUUUUUGAAAAAGCAUGGAUUGAAGAGAUACCAUCAUCAAUAGAGAAACUAAUUCUGCUUGAAAAGUUGUACUUGAUCAACUGUAAACAUCUCAAGCUUAUUACAACCAACAUUUGUAAGUUGAAGUCUCUUAAACUAAUUUCUUUGUACAAUUGCUCACGAUUGAAAUACUUUCCAGAAAUUUUGGAGCCUAUGGAGAAUCUAGAACAGCUUUAUUUAAGUGGAACGUGGAUUGAAGCGCUACCAUCAUCAAUUGAACGUCUAGUCAUGCUAAAGAUAUUAGAUUUAGCUAGUUGUGAAAAUCUUAAGUCUAUUCCAACCAACAUCUACAAUAUGCCUAAAAUUUCUGAAAUCAACAUUUCUAAGUAUCCAAAAGUGAAGACUUUGUCGUAUUAUGGUUUGCCCUCAUUAACAGUCCUAGGUCCAAGUGAUACCACUGCUGGUCUAUCAUAUUAUUACAAUAGUCAAACACUUCAACAAUCCAAGUGCAGAAGUUCUUGUUCUAUCACCACCACAAAUCUAAAAGUUUUCUUCAGAUUACAUUCUGAUGAUGGGCUCAAGUAUGGUAUUCAUUUCACUUGUUGUGAGUGCUUUCUAUUUUACACGGUGCAUAAUGUUUUGGCGAGCCAAUAUUUUGAGGAUAAUAUUUUCCAAAAGUAUUACAAUGACUUUCAUUUUAAGGAUUUAAAUCGUCCUAGAGCGAUUUUUUCCUAUUCUGGAAAUGCAAUUCCUCUGUGGUUUACUAAUCAAUCUGUGGGUUCUUCCAUAGAAGUAAACUUGGUUCCCUCUUCAGAUAAUUAUUUUAGCUUCUUGGGCUUUGCUUUAUGCAUUGUUGUUGAUUUUGAUCCGAGCACUUCAAAUCCUGGUGUGGAGGACUUAAGUUGUGAAUACAUUUUUAAAAUGAGUGAUGGUCAAAGUUCUAAGCUCUGCUCCACUUUACCAAGACAAAAAGCUACUUUUGAUUCUGAUGGAGAUUCUAAUGUAGACAACAAUGACAUUUUAGACUGGUCAUCGGGCAAUGUGUUCAUAUGGUAUCUUUACCAAAAAGACAAUUGGAAUUAUUUAUCUGGAGUUGACAAGGCCUCGUUUGAGUUUUACUUUGGGGAAUCAAAUGAUAGCAUUGGAAAAGAGAGAAUAAAACAAUGUGGAAUUCGCUUGGUAUAUCGCCAAGAUGCAAAGGAGUUUGAUACUGCAGAUGCACACUCAUACUGA